UCGACGUCACACCCCACCAGCCUAUUCAUCUGACCUCUACUACUAUACUAUCCACGCACACAGCAAAUUGCCCAUAAUCAAAGAAGAGGGAGGCGGGAUAUAGGCGGAGCAGAAACAUAACCAAAAAAAUCACCGCCAUGUAUUCCUCCUAUCCUAGAGGACGUCACCUCCUCACCGAUUCGGAGUCUGAGUUCUCCGAAUCGGAUUACUCCAUGGUAGAGACGACUCCACGCCGGAAAGUCACUACUCGUCGACGCUCCAUCUCCCGCCACCGCUGGAGCCCCGAACACAUCCAUAGUAACACCUACCUCAGCCCCGUGAUCCAUGACCACCACGCGCCUCAACGCUCCGCCUCCACGGGCGCCCGUCGUCGCCCCGAUCGUGAGCGCGAGCGCGAACGCAACAACAACCAGCCCGUCGCCGUCAUCGUCGACGUCCAUAACAAGUAUGACGCCAAAGCCGACGCCAAGACAGAUGCGAAGAGCGAUGCCAAGAAUGACGCUCGGAACAAGAGUGCCACCAAGAACCGGAAACAGGAACAUAAGAUGCAGCAGAACUACAUCGAUCCCUACGAGUCGGAGGAUGAGACCAGGUUGCGGGAUCAUCGCCGAGCUCGCACUCGCCCGAGUAGUAUCUCCCGGGAGGCGUCACCGCUUCCACCUACAAGGGACUAUGAGCUGAUGCUCGAUACGCGGUUCCUCGAGAGGAAUGACGCCCGUCAGGACCUUGAGCUCCUGCGUCAUCAGCAGGAGAUCGCCCGUCUAGAGCGGGAGCUGGCUCGUCAUCGUGAAACUUCCCAGCAUCGUCAACAGCAGCUGCAGCCGCAGCCGCUGCAGCCUCCCCCGCCUCCGCCGGCACCGGAGCAUGAGCACCGCUCACCUCCUCCUCACCAUCACCACCAUGAGCUCCGGCUGCUGAGGGAGGAGGACCUAUACGAGGACGAGAUCAGUGAGCGGCUGCGACGGCUGGAACGGUACGAGAAGAAGCAGCGCAUGGAAGAAGAGCAGCGUGAGGCAGAGCAUCGCUACCAACUGAUCAAAUUCGAAGAGGCCCAGCGGAAGGCUGCCGAGCAGGAGGAGCUCAGCCAGAAGAUGCGUCAACGGCAGCUGGAAGAGAUCCAGCGCAAGAUGGAAGAGGAGGAGGAGAAGGAGCGCAUCAGGAAAGAGCUUCGUGAUGAAGAGGCCAGGCGGAUCCUGGCUGAGCAGGAGCGCGCCCGCAAAGAAGCUGCGAUGAAGCAGGCCGCUAUCGAGGAGUGGAAGCUCAACGAGGAGCGGAGAAUGAUUGCCGAACGGGAAGAAAGAAAGAGACGUGACGCCGAAUUCAAGGAGAGACUACGACUCGAGUUCGGCUACGACGAAGAGCAGCUAGAGAAGAUUAUCAAGAAGGAGAAGGAACCCGAGAAGCCCAAGGAGCCAGAAAAGCCCAAGGCCGAGCCUGAGAAGCCAAAGGAACCUGAAAAGGAGAAGGAGAAGGAGAAAGAGAAAGAAAAGGAACCUGAGCCCCAACGGACUACCUGGAUCAAGGUCCACCGCAAACAUCUUCUCCCCGACACACUCAUUGCCUACCGUCUACCCUGGGACUGGGACGAGCUCGACGGCAACUACAUCAUCAUCAAGCAGUGGAUCUCCGAGGAUUUCCAGGAGGAGCUCUUCGCUCACACGCGGCGUCUGCGUGAGGGCAAGCUUGUUGCUCAGCACUCGAGCACCCUGACCGAGCUGAAGGUGAAUGAUCGAAAGAAGGACAAAAUGUACCUGGUCCGCAAGAAGAACCCUGGUGCACGUGCUUGGAUCUUCACUUGAUCCCGCAGAUUUUGACGCGCUACGAAGUGUGAUACCACGUUUUGAUUAGUCUGGUUUGGUUCUUGCUUUCUCUUGCCUCGUCUGUCAAUAUUUUGUUCUCUUGUUCAUUUUCACGGCUAUCCUAUACAAGAUCAUGUUGGCAUGAUGAUUUAUCGAGUCAUGAUGUUUUCAUUUUUCGUUCCAUG